CUCGGAGGUGAGAAACCUGAGGCAAGAUGGGCUGCGUUGGAUUGCAGGGCCCUCACAAGUGGGGAGGCAGUGAGAAGUGGUGCACAAAGCUCGGCGCAGUGCUGAGCGGUGCAGUGGAAAUGGUGCUGCAAACCAAGAGCUUCAGUUAGGGCUGUGAUGGGGUGCCCAGCUGCUCAUCUGGCAGCCUGGGUGCUCUGAGAGUUAGCUGGAGUUGGGCUGCAGGUGGAGGAGUGCUGUGGUGCCUCGUUGAGCUGCCUACCAGUGUCUGCUCCCACCUGGGCUGUGCUGAGCUGUGUGGGACUGCCCGUCCCACCUCCUGUUGUCCUGUCUGCAGGAGCUGCAGCAGUGUUGGCCCUGUCCUGAUCAGUGGCUCCAGCCUCUGCUCUUGCACCUGGUGACAGGAACAAAAGGCUGUGGAGCAUGGAUUAAGUGGAAGUAAUCCCAGCAGGCUUGUGUAUGAAGAAGCAAUAGAAAGGAAAGCUGCUGUUUAGGCAUUUUUGGAGGAUACUAUGAGUCUUGAUACACCAGUGUACAUGUCUGCAUCUGGUGUUUAUGCUUGGUGCUUUGGAUUUUAUUCCCUACCACAGACCAGACCAUGCAUGAGGCUUUCUGCAGAGUUUUUGGACAACACAGGGAUGAGAACUUCAGGAACAAGCAGCAAAUCCCGGGAGUGAACAAACCUCUGAUGCCCUGGAGCUGCUGUUGCACAAAGUGGUGUCUGGCACACUGAGCCCCUCUGGGCUGGAAGUGGGGUAGAGCCCAAAGCUGUCUGCCAUCUGACCAGAAGUCUUGCUGUCAGCGUGGAGGUGCUGCCAGAUGUGGGGCUGACAGGCUGUCUCGGCCUGGAGCUGCUGUGCCAGCUCUGCAGCUGUUCUCUGAGCUGAUGCUGCUGGGAGGAUCACACAUGGAGGAGCUGCUCUCAAGUUGCUGCUUGUGGUGUUCCUGCAGUACUCUUAAUUCUCCCAAGGAGUUGAAUGACCUGGCACGUGAUCCUCCAGCACAGUGUUCAGCAGGGCCUGUUGGUGAUGACAUGUUCCACUGGCAAGCUACAAUAAUGGGACCAAAUGACAGUCCCUAUCAAGGUGGAGUAUUUUUCUUGACAAUUCACUUCCCAACAGAUUAUCCCUUCAAACCACCUAAGGUUGCAUUUACAACAAGAAUCUAUCAUCCAAAUAUUAACAGUAAUGGCAGCAUUUGUCUUGAUAUUCUACGAUCACAGUGGUCCCCAGCACUAACUAUUUCAAAAGGUACCUCCAAUGCUCACUUAAUUUUACUCUGCUCUAAUUACUGAUCUAGGUUUAGAAUGUAAAA